CCAGGUACGGAGCGUGCCAGUAUCAUGGAAAAGCUUUUCUUGCCUCUUUUGAUGCUUGGCACCAUGGCGAAAGCUCAGCACUGCCCCGGCCGCUGCAUCUGCCAGAACAUCUCCCCGACGUUGACCAUGCUGUGCGCCAAGACGGGCCUCCUCUUCGUGCCGGCCACCAUCGACCGGCGCACGGUGGAGCUGCGCCUGACGGACAACUUCAUCACCGUCAUCCGCCGGAAGGACUUCUCCAACAUGACCAACCUGGUGCACCUCACCCUCUCGCGCAACACCAUCAGCCAGAUCCUGCCCUUUGCCUUUGCCGACCUGCGUGCCUUACGGGCCCUGCACAUGAACAGCAACCGGCUGGCCCUCCUGAAGGAGGAGCACUUCCGGGGACUGACCAACCUCCGGCACCUCAUCCUGGGGAACAACCAGAUCAGCCACAUCGAGGCCUCCUGCUUCGACGAGUUCCUCUCCACCGUGGAAGACCUGGACCUCUCCUACAACAACCUGGAGACCCUGCCAUGGGAGGCCAUCGGCCAGAUGGUCAGCCUCAACACCCUCACCCUGGACCACAACCUCAUCGACCACAUCGCGGAGGGCACCUUCUCCCAGCUCCAGAAGCUGGUCAGGCUGGACAUGACCUCCAACCGGCUGCAGAAGCUGCCUCCGGACAACCUCUUCUUGAGGGCUGAAGUGCUGGCCAACGUCCGCGGGACUCACCCAUCCACCUUGACCAUCAGCUUUGGGGGCAACCCGCUGCACUGCAACUGCGAGCUGCUGUGGCUGCGGAGGCUCACGCGGGAGGACGACCUGGAGACCUGCGCCUCCCCGGAGCACCUGAUGGAUAAAUACUUUUGGUCGAUCCCCGAGGAGGAGUUCAUCUGCGAGCCGCCCCUCAUCACCCGCCAGUAUUCCAGCAAGGCCUUCAUCAUGGAGGGCCAGGGGGUCAGCCUGAAGUGCAAGGCUGUAGGGGACCCGGAACCUUCCAUCCACUGGAUCGCGCCCGACGGCAAACUCAUCCACAACACCACCCGGGCCACCGUCUACGAGAACGGCACACUGGACAUCUUCAUCACCACCUUGAAGGACAACGGAAUCUUCACCUGCAUCGCCUCCAACGCGGCCGGGGAAGCCACGGCCCCCGUGGACGUCUGCAUCGUCCCUCUGCCCCUGCUGGUCAACAACACCGGCCACAUGAAGGAGCCGGACCCGGGCUCCUCCGACAUCACCACCUCCGCCAAAUCGGGCUCCAAUGAAACCAAGAACCACCAGGACAGGAAGAUCGUAGCGGCGGAACUGACCUCUACUUCCGUGGUCAUCCACUGGCCGUCCGAACGGCACAUCCCGGGUAUCCGGAUGUACCAGAUCCAGUACAACAGCUCCUUGGAUGACUCGCUGGUCUACAGGAUGAUUCCUUCAUCCAGCAAGACCUUCCUGGUGAACGACUUGGCCGCCGGCCGGGAAUACGACCUGUGCGUCUUGGCAGUGUACGACGAUGGCGUGACCUCCCUGACGGCGACUCGGGUCGUGGGCUGCGUGCAAUUCACCACCGAGGGGGAGAGCGCCCAGUGCCACUCGCUCCACACCCAGUUCCUGGGGGGCACCAUGAUCAUCAUCCUGGGGGGCAUCAUCGUGGCCUCGGUGCUGGUCUUCAUCAUCAUCCUCAUGAUCCGCUACAAGGUCUACAGCGGGCAGGAGGAGCAGAAGAAGGCGGCCAGGGUCAGCAACGUCUACUCGCAGACCAACGGCAGCCACCCGCAGCCCAGCACCAGCACGUUGCCCCCCUCGGCCUCCAAAAUCGGGGAGGACAAAUACGAGACCCUCCAGGAGGUUGCUUCCCAGGACCCCCGGCUGGGCGGGGGCAGCAGGGGCGACGCCCCCCACGGGCCAGACGUCCCCUCGACCGAGCUGGAGAAGAGGGCGGCAGCGCAGAGGAGCCCCGAUCUCCAAACCGUGGCGGUCCUGACUUCGGAAGAAGGACAGCGGGAGGUCAGGAGGGCCGGCUCCUCGGUCUCCCUGUGCCUCCUCAGAGACCCCGGGGGGACCCCCCAGCUCCGGGCCAAACCGGGCAGCAGCGAGUCGGGGUCUUUCCCCCGCGAGCUGUCCAGGACUCGGCACCACCGCCAUUCCUUCGACGGGGAUUACGCGCUCUUCCAGAGUCACAGCUACCCCCGCCGCACACGGACAAAGCGCCACAUGUCCACCUCUCAGUUGAACUCGGAGGAGUCUCCCUUGAGUCACAGGCGGGUUACUUUCGGCAGCACGGAGUGGAUGCUGGAGAGCACAGUCUGA